AGCCAACAAAGAGUGCUAAAAAGGAGUCUGCGCUAGAUAUUGCAAAGAAGAUCAAGCAGAGAGCUCUGGAGAAGCAACAGUUAGAAAAAGAAGAGAAGGCACAGAAGAAGGCACAGAAGAAAGGUACCGUUGAAGAACCUGUUGCAGAGGAAGAGGAAGAUAUAUCUGAUAAGGAUGAUGACCAGAAUAACGAUAAGCCAAAAAUCGAGUCUUUUGCGGAUUUGAAAUUGAUUCCAGAGCUUUUAGAGGCAUGUCAGGGUAUGAAAUUUGAUAAACCAACACCUAUCCAGUGCGAAGCUAUUCCGUACGGAUUAGAAGGCCGUGAUAUCAUUGGAUUAGCACAGACCGGUUCGGGAAAGACUGCUGCGUUUGCCAUUCCUAUUCUUCAAGCACUCUGGUACGCACAGACUCCUUAUUUCGCAUGUGUGUUGGCACCAACUAGAGAAUUGGCGUACCAAAUCAGAGAGACAUUUGAUGCAUUGGGAUCCGGGAUGGGGUUGAGAUGUGCCACCAUUGUUGGUGGUAUGAACAUGAUGGAGCAAGCUACUGCGUUGCAACGUAAACCACAUGUCAUUGUUGCCACACCUGGUCGUUUGAUGGACCAUUUGGAGAACACCAAAGGUUUUUCUCUAAAGGCGCUGAAAUUCCUCGUCAUGGACGAGGCAGAUAGACUCUUGGAUUUGGAAUUUGGUCCAGUAUUGGAUAAGAUCUUGAAGAUCAUACCGAAGGAGAGAACCACUUACUUGUUCUCUGCAACAAUGACUUCCAAGAUUGAAAAAUUGCAAAGAGCCUCUCUCUCAAACCCUGUCAGGGUUUCUGUCUCGAACAAAUAUGCCACAGUAGACACACUGGUCCAAACUUUGAUGGUGGUGCCAGAUGGAUACAAGAAUACGUAUCUUAUUUACCUGCUGAACGAAAUGGUUGGUAAGUCCAUCAUCAUCUUUACAAGAACUUGUGCACAUGCCCAGAGAACGGCGCUUUUGGCCAGAAACCUAGGGUUCCAGGCCAUUCCAUUGCAUGGUCAACUUACACAGGCACAGAGACUUGGAGCCUUAAACAAGUUCAAGUCAGGCUCCAGAAAUAUCCUUGUUGCCACCGACGUGGCCGCCAGAGGUUUAGAUAUUCCUAGUGUCGACGCCGUUAUCAACUACGACAUCCCAACAGACUCUAAGGCCUAUAUUCACAGAGUUGGUAGAACAGCCAGGGCGGGAAGAUCCGGUAAGUCUGUGUCGCUGGUUACACAGUACGACUUGGAACUGAUCCUGAGAAUCGAGGCCGUCAUCAACAUGAAACUACCAAAAGAGGUGCCUGACCGUGAUAUCAUCCUGAGCCUACACGACACUGUGGAUAAGGCCACUGCACAGGCCAUUAGAGACACAAAGGAGUUCCAAGAGACACACGGCAAAAGCGGCAAGAAGAAGAAUAGAAGGGAUGACAUGGACCGUGAAGAGAGAUAGCCCAUCCUAGCAAUAUACCUUUUGUAUGUAAAACAUACGCAUCACCAC